UUGGCUACAUAAUGAAAACAAUUUUCCAGAUUGGUCACAUUAAAACUAAGCGAAUAUAGUGUGCAUUUAGAAAACCAGAGGCCAAAGACACAAACAAAGAAGAGAGUAUUCCCUUUCUUCAUUCAAAAGACAUAAAGAUGAGCUACUGGAAAGACAAGGUUCUUCCAAAGAUCAAGAAGGUUUUUGAGAAAAAUGGACCCAAAAAGGCUGCUGCUGCUGAGGCCUGCGAGGCCUUUGAUGUGGCCAAGGAGCAGUACAGCAAAGAAUUCGAUGAAAAGAAGACUGAGCUCCAACCUAAAGUCGUUGAAAUCUAUGAAGCUGCUGCAGCAGAGAUUAAGACUUUGGUGAAGGAACCAAAGGUUGCAGGGCUGAAGAAACACUCAGCUGGAGUUCAGAAAUUCCUUGAUGAGCUUGUCAAGAUUGAAUUUCCGGGAUCCAAAGCAGUCAGUGAAGCAAGUUCGAAGUUCGGGCCUUCCUAUGUAUCAGGUCCCAUAAUCUUCGUGUUAGAGAAAGUGUCCACGUUUGUUGUCACCGAAGAUAAGAAAGAAGAGGAAGCAGCCACAGCCGCAGCAGCGCCAGCAGCAGUAGAAACAACUGACACAGUAGCUGAAGAGGUGAAAGAGAAGGACAUGGUGGUUGAAGCUGGAGAUGAGAAGAAAGAGGAAGCAGCGCCAGAAGCUGCUGCUGCCCCUGCUCCUGAGACUAAAACUGAAGCAGAGCCAGCAACAGAGACAGCCAAAGUUGAAGAAAGUUGAAGAAGUACCUGCUGCAGUAGCAACUGAACCACCAAAGGCAGCUUGAUGAAUGACCAGUAAAUGAUAAGCAAACCCUGUGUGUAAAAGUAUUUUUCUUUUAAAUAUUAUCUCUCUGUGUAAAAGUAUCCUCUUUUCUCUUUUUGGCCAUUGUAUUUUUACUGUAAGAAAGAAGACAUAAAACAUGAUUUGUUAUUCUUUAUAAUUGCCCUCUUCA